AUGUCUGCAAACGAUAAACAAUACAUUUCGUACAAUAACGUACAUCAAUUAUGUCAAGUUUCCGCUGAAAAAAUCAAGAACUUCAAACCGGAUUUGAUCAUCGCAAUCGGCGGUGGUGGUUUCAUCCCUGCAAGAAUUUUACGUACUUUCCUUAAGGAACCCGGUGUACCAACCAUCAGAAUCUUUGCUAUUAUUUUAUCUUUGUACGAAGAUUUGAACAGUGUAGGCGCUGAAGUGGAAGAGGUUGGUGUCAAAGUUAGCAGAACCCAAUGGAUCGAUUACGAACAAUGUAAAUUGGACCUAGUUGGUAAAAACGUUCUUAUCGUCGAUGAAGUCGAUGACACUCGUACUACCCUUCAUUACGCUCUAAGUGAAUUGGAAAAGGAUGCUGCUGAACAGGCAAAGGCCAAAGGUAUCGAUGUUGAAAAGUCCCCAGAAAUGAAAACUAGUUUCGGAAUCUUUGUUCUACACGAUAAAUUAAAGCCAAAGAAGGCAGACCUACCUGCUGACAUGUUGAAUGACGAGAACCGUUACUUCGCAGCCAAGACCGUUCCAGACAAAUGGUAUGCCUACCCAUGGGAAGCCACUGAUAUCGUUUUCCAUACCAGAAUGGCUAUUGAACAAAAUAAUGACAUCUUCAUUCCUGAGCAAGAACACCAAUAA